AUCUCACCCCUAGUGUACAGUCGCCUCAGUCGCGACGGUGGAUAUAUAAAUAAUUGUUGUCUCUUUUUUCGCGGCAAAAAGUGCAAACAUUUUUUUUUUAAACCAAUAUAAAUUGAAAAAAAACAACUCAAGCAAUGGUUAAGUUGGGCAAAAAGAAAUUGGCCGAACUCUCCGAAAUAAGCAAAAGGAAAUCAGCCGCUUGUUCCGACAGCGAUGAAAACCCGAAAAAUGGAGCCACCAUUUCGAGCGACGAUGAGUCUGAAAGUGUUAGUAAGGAACACAGCGAUAAAGUGGAAAUGAGUUCUAAGAGACAGCGGGCGUCCACGGCAUCAACAAAAAUAAUCGUUGACGACAGCGAUACAGAUGAAAGCGAUGAUCUGCCAUUGAAUGGUAGUAAGGCCACCAGUUCGAGUGCGCCGCCACGGAAGAAGCAAAAGAAGACGCCCAAAUCCAAGGGCAAAGCAACGGCUGCUGAGAAAAAUCAAAACAAAAAAACGCCAACUAAAGCCGCUAACUCAGAAUCGGAUAACAAUGAUAACGACGACGACCGGGACGAUGCUGAUGAAAAUGUUACCACGGAGUUCGAGGUGGAGGCGAUUGUCGGUCAUAAAUCGAAACGCGGUGAGUCGUUUUUCCUUGUACGUUGGAAGGGUUACGGCAAGGAUGAUGACAGUUGGGAGCCGGAAGCCGAGUUGAAUUGUGACGAUUUAAUUGAGGAAUAUCGCAAAAAGAAUAGCAGCAAGAAGAGCGCUGGAGCUGGUAAGAAAUCUCCGGCUGCUGCCAAAGGAGUACGCGGGCGGAAGUCAGGCAAGAGUGUGUCAAGCGAUCCUGAUAAGGAAUGGGCAGUUGAACGUAUAUUGGACUCGGCCAAUGAUGAUGAGCAUGGCGUUUUAUACCGCAUACGCUGGAAGGGCUUUGGUGCCAAAGAGGAUACCUGGGAGCCGGAGUCCAAUCUAUCCUGUGAGGGCCUGAUCGAGAAGUUCAAAAAGAACCUAGCUGAGCAGCGCAACGUGGAUGCAAAACAAUUGCGGGAAUCGCCGAAGAAAACAAAGCGCUUAGUCAACGAGACUAUUCCACGCUCUAAUUUACACAAUCGCAUAGAGCGCUCCUCCAAGCGAGCUGCAGCCAAGAAUCGGGUUUUUUAUGGCGAGGAAUAGGAGAAUGGGAAUUUCAAUAAGAAAUACACGACGACAAAUAACAACAAAAACAGAAUGCAGUAUCGAAUCUGGAUUAGUAAUUGAAAUUGAAUAAAAUUUUAAGACGAUUAGCUUAAGUUGAUGAUACGUGAAUGUUGAUCUAAGGCGUGGCACGUUCCUAGUUCUUAAGCAAAUUGUCUAGGUGUAUGAAAACCAAUGCGACACAACACAUACACAUGUAUACACCACUGACACACACACACAUAUACAUACACACACAUAUAUACACACAUACAUACAUACCUACACAAGUAGAUGUUUAAGAUAUACAGUUAUAAAAGAAUGUUUCAGAAUCUAAACAUUGAAGUUAAUUUGUAUCUGCAUAACCCUUUUAAUUAGAUUUAAAAAUUUACAGUUUAAAAAAGAAAAAAAAUACACCAUUUCUUCUAACUUAGAUUUUAGGUU